AUGUUGAUCAUAUCACUUAUCGUGACUAUUGUUGUUUCUUGUUAUUAUAGAACUGGUUUGCCUUCUCAAAUUUGCACAAACCCCUUUUCACCGAACAUGGCUACAUACCGUUUCCAAAUAAGAACCCACCAUUCGAUGAAAUGAACAACGCAUACUGCGAGGUAAGAAUGGCACUUUACAUUUUUCAUUUUAUUUAUUUUAUUUAUUUUAAUGAAUUUUUAUUUUGUUAUGUAUUACAUUUUUUACACACUGACCCUUAUGAACACGUAGGAAAAAUACAAAAAAAAAAAGAAAAGAAAACUAAGCAUAUAUACAUCGCAAACUCGCACAGAAUUACAUACUGAUGAAAAAGAAAGAGAGAAAGAAACACACUCCUUUACAUUCUUCUCUAUUUACAUGAAAAAAUUAAUAAUAAUUAAUAAUAAAUGAAGUAAGCGGCGAAAGGAUCGUAUGCUAAUCAGAUUUAAUUAAUUUAAUUAAUUUUACAAAAUUACACUAACGAAAUUAUGCGUUAUUCAGGUCUUUUCGAACCAAAUGUUUGCUCAAGUUCUUUUAAUUUUCUCCGUAAUGUUUUUUGCAUAUUUGAGGAAAACAUAUGCAGAUUGAUGAUUAAAUAUGAAUCCCAAACGUAUUGCUGGUCCAAUUCCUAAAUCUCAAAUCAAACCAACAGAUUCUAAAUUUUAUUGUUCAUCAAUAAACAGUGUUUAAAGCAUUGACUGUAUGUUUGUUUGUAGUUCGUUUUAUUCACGAGAACUUAUAACUCGACUCCGACGGUACUUGUCUCCGUUAACCACAGCACUACAGUAUCUGGGAAUUCAGCAUCGAUUCACAAUGGAAUUACCGCAUGGAUCGAGGUAAAGGUCUCCCAGAGGAAUAGUAUUAUUCUAGGGCUGGAUCUACAAAGUGCCUACCGACAAACUGACCCUUUUAUUAUGUACGAUUUGAGAAAUUUCUGAAGUUCCUUUCUUAGCAUUAUACAGUGGUUAUUUGCUCAAAUUGACAUUAACGAUCCUUUCGCAUUUAUUUCUGUGUAUAACACGUCGAACAAGAAAAUUUAAGACCACUUUCAACCUAGCCCAAGAAUCUUCGAAUUUUUUUUUUUUUUUUUUUUUCGGCUUCAGUUUUAAUUUUGUCAAGUUUAUGUUUUCAGAACAUGAAUACGUCCGGAUUCAGGGCCUGUGUGAAAGAAUUAUACGAGACCAGAUAUGAUCCGUUGUCUGUCAGUUAUACUGUACUCACAGGUCUGUAAUCACUAUUUCAUCUGAAAAUAACGGCUCUUAAUUUUUGUAGGCGCCGAUUUUCAUGAUCACUCGUGUAAAUCGCUCCCUCUCCAAAAAGAAAAUUCGUGAAGGUAAAAGGCGGAAUUUUUUUGCGGAAUGGCAUAAUAGACCUUUUUACCGAUACGGCGGCCAUAUUGAAUUAAUUCGAUUUUAGGAGUAUUAUAGGAUGCCCAGGGGGCAUGAGAACAUUUCGUUUGUAUUUUCGAGCGCUUCUCGGGACAUUUUUUCGUAACGUUUUCUUAGAAUAAGAUUGUAAUGGGAAAAAAGAUCCUUGUGACGUGUUUUGAUGUAUAUAAUGAUCGCUCUUUUCCCGAGAAAUAUACAGUGAAAUUAAGAAUUUGUUCAUGCUUAGCGUGCGUAUAUCGAGUUAUGGAUACACGCGGGAAGUUUGGAGAGCACGAAAGAUAAGUAAGAGUUGCAAGAGGCGAUAGCCGAGUGCAACUCUAGCUUCUUGAGUGCUCUCCAAACUUCCCAAAUGCAUCCAUAACUCGAUAUACGCACAGCUAAAAGCAUGAGCAAAUUUUUUUAUAACAUAGCUGUCAAAAAUGCUUGCUUUUCGAUUAACUACAAAAUUCUCGUAACGCGCGACACAAUAACAAACGCUUCUACUGGCUGAUUACAAACACGCCACAAUGGUUUAGUUUGAAUGAAAAUUCUUUCUGUAAAACUGAGAAAGAAAAUUUGCUUAUUUAUUCGUUAAUUAUCAACGGAAACUAAAAAGAAACUCUUAAAGUCCACCUAAAGUGAAAAUACUCACAUGUUCGUAAGAAGUCGUGGAGUAUGGUUUGGAUUUGCUUGAAAGAUGUUUAUGUUUGCUUGGCGAAAUCCAGAAAACUUGUUUUUCAGCGAAGACGACUGUCAUCCUACGUUAACCUUAUAUUCAUUUACGAACAAUGGCUGGUCAUUACGGCUUCUUGAGAAGACCUGGCAGCAGUUGUUUUUAUGAGCAAUAAAUUCAUGUCUUCUCGUGUAAUUUGUCUUGUUAUUGCAAGUGAAAUUUUCCUGCUUCAGUCGGAUUGUUCGGCGAUAACAAAAGUGUAUAAUUUUUUUGCUGUUGAGCUUACCUUAUAAUUAACUUGUUUUGUAAGAUAUAAAACAAACGUUAAAAACGGAGGACACUUUGUACAAAUUGGAUAUUUUCCGACACAGACCAAUUUGUGGUCUUAACUUUUCCCAAGUAAAUGUCAGCCUUUACGGCAGACUUUCAAGUUUCAACAGGCUCUAUUAUUUGCGAAACAUGUCACCGCUUUUGCUGUUGCUUUGAGUGGCUAGAACGAAGCUAAAUUCCAAAAAAAGUCCAGAACGUUUUUUAUCAUUGCCGUCGAUUUUUGGGUACUUAGGAAAAGGGAAGAAAAACACAGCUGAACACGUCAUCUUAUUUACGCACGGGUGUGCGUAAAUAAAGAUUUUGUUCAUAGCGGCUCAAUAGGACUUAUAUAGGGCAAGCACGCGCGCUAUGUUAUUUUUAUAAGACCAUAUUUCUAAUACUGAACUAGAAAAAGGCGAUCAUCAUUACAUCCAAACACGGCACAAGGAUCUUUUUUCCCAUUACAAUCUUAUUCUAAGAAAACUUAAGAAAAAAUGUUCCGAAAAGCGCUCGCUCGAAAAUACAAACGUAAUGCGCUCAUGCCCCCUGGGCAUCCUAUAAUACUCCUUAAAUCGAAUUAAUUCAAUAUGGCCGCCGUAUGGGUAAAAAGGUCUAUUACACUGUAUGUGAAAUGUAUGCAGAACGACUCAAGAAUAUACAUCGAUAACGGCAAGGGCGAGAUUUCAUGUUUCAAUUCUCAGGAAUUCCCCGUGAGACUCACUCAAAAAUUAAAGUGGUUAGUGGAAACUGAAAGCUUGGCAAAAGCUAAGUUUCAUUUUAGCAGGCUAUUUUAGCGGUUUCAUGUUAAAAAAUAUUGUUUACUUGUCUGGUCAAGCAUUCUGAGGAGGGAAUUAAAUACAGUAUUUAUCAUGUUCGUGCAAUGCAGAAAACAAUCUGAUUUCAGCUAAUAUAACGUUUUGCCGUGCAGUUCUUUGAAGCCAUGUAAGGAAUCGAUCGCUCUCUUUGAUCGUCGAUUAACAGUUGUUUCAGUGAAAAUUCGACGAUCGACAAUAAUGCUAGAAACAGUAAUCAUAUAUUAGAACACUGACAAACAAACGAAAGGCUCAAAUGAAGAGUUUCUCAAAAAAGACAAUACGCAAUGGCCCCCGAAGAGUGAAGCACCGAGAGUCAUGGAAAACAAAUGAAAAGAAAGAUGAUUUUUUGGUUUUAACUGGGUUUAUGAUGAUCAUCUGAUUAAAAAUGGCCCUGAGUAAUUCACAAAAUGUGGAGUAAGUCAAACAAGUAUCACGCCCGAAAAAAAUACUUUGCAGAAGCUUAUUUCACCAGACACGAACUGAGCAAAGGUUUAAAAUCGUUUCCAAAACGAACAAUAGAUUGAUAUAAACGAAAGGCGGUGUCCUCUCAAAGUGUAGGUAGUGUAAAGACCGUAAAACUAAACUCAAGGACAUGGUUAACGGGUUUUUAUAGUCUAGUGCCAGUCGUUCACUCUCUUGAUUAGAUAUAAAACUCCAUUUACCUUCUUGCUCCCAGCAACGAUUGCUUUGACCCGGCCUAAUCAAAUCCUCGCGCUUAAAUGAAUUUUUUAUCAGACCGGCUGUUCCUUCCAGUUUACUCGAAGAAUUAAAGCCGAAAGUGCUCUUACCACAUAUAUUCAGAAUAAUUAUGCCAUUCCGCAACUGGCACGCCACAUGCCAUUCCUCAAGUUAAGCCCGCGCAUUUGACCCUCACCGAAUGAAAAUGGUGAAUAACCUUGUCUAGACAAUACGUUUCCACAUCGUUCACGUUUAUUUGAGCAUUAAAAUCCUAACAAAAAGCUAUUAAUCAAGCAAUUUAUACACCCUUAGCUUAGGGGCUAUUGACGAACGAGUUCAUGCCAUCUCCACCUAUUUCUGUACAAGCCAUUUAUAUUCCGAAAUGAAUUUUUGAUUCCGAAUUAAAUUCUCGCUCUGGUACGAAUUUUAAUUCCGUUUUUUUUUUUUUAACGAACUUUAUUCUUGAUUGAAAAUCGCAAAUCGUGUGGUCUGAAGCGAGUGGCGCAUGAGCUUCUGAUCUGGCGCGAAAACCUGCGCCGUUCAAUUUCAGUUAUCACGUGAAUACAGUAUGAACUUCACUCUGGAACGAACCCCAUUCCGGAAUGGAAAUCAUUCCGGCAACAUUAUAAACAGCCCCUGAGCUGGGUGCAUUAUAUAAUUAUGUAUUUUGCAGAUAUCUGUGAGCCUAGUUGGACCUAUUUCAAUGGCUUUUGCUACUUAACAAGUAAGACUUGUCAAAACUGGACCACCGCACGAUAUAAUUGCCGACAAGAAAACUCGGUUCUUGUUGAUGUCCAAAACAAUGAAGAAAAUGUAUUUUUACAGCAUCUUCACAAUGGAGAAAAAUCCUGGCUAGGAUUUAAUGACAUUUUCACAGAGGGUUCCUGUACUUGGGUAGAUGAUGGUACAGGGAACUUUACAGCUUGGGCCAAAAACCAACCAAACAAUUUUAGGGAUGAAGACUGUGUGCAUACACUAGGUGUUGAAUACAAAUACAAAUGGAAUGACGUAAAAUGCAGUGACUGUCAUCAGUAUACUUGCAAGAAAGGUAGGACAUGAAAAAUAAAACAAAUGCAACGUGUAUUUUAUCAUGUAUCGGUGGGUGGGGGAAUCAAUAAAUGAAUUAAAUGAUUUGACUAUUUUCACUUUACCCAUAAAACACGCUGUUUACCUCCAAAACUUUCCAUAACCAUCUUUUCCAAUUUCUCAGGUAUUAUACAGACAAUGCUUAUACAAACACUUUUUGGAGCGGGAAGGGGGGUGUAAACAGUAAACAAGGUGUGUAAUGGUCAUUGUGAAAAUCAUGGAAAAUAGUGAAUGAAUUAAUCUCUGAAACAAAAUGUGCAUUGUACUUAGUUCAAUUUUCUGCUAAUAAGUAGUCUUUGUUUCAUUUAACAGAUCUCAAUGAGUGCAGCAGGGAUAACUAUUACUGUCAUCAGGCUGCCACCUGCACAAAUUAUCGGGGGUCAUUCAAGUGCACUUGCGACAAAGGCUACUUCGGGGACGGUUUUGAUUGUGCAAGUAUAGUCACCGGUUUGUAUCUAAACUUUCUUCUUUCUUAUAAUUUUAGAAGGGAAAAAACUUAAACAGCUUAAAUUGAUUUAUGGAAGGUACCAGCCUCACAACCCGUGGAUACAAGUGCAAAUUGCCAAUGCUCCCUCCCUGGGUCAAGUGAAGUGUUGUUGUUGUUGUUGUCGUUGUUUUUUUAAUCGAACUUAAGCGGAGGCUUGUUCUGCUGCUCUAUGAGAGCCAUCUCUACCUGGUGCUGGAGACCAGAUCUGAAGGAAGAACGAUGGGGUUCUUAACAAAACUGAUAAGAAAGGUGAGAUGAUUUACAAGGCUUGCGAGCUUCUGUAAGCAUCGUUUCUGUCGAGGAAUCAACCUUAGGGCUGUGCCCGAAUAUUUGUGGUCAAUAUAAUGAUGAUUUUAUUGUUCUUGGUAUGUGUUUGACCUUUUGUCUAACAAUUAGUCACUUAAAUUACUGAUCGCGACGUUUUGAUGUCUUCCUGAGACGAUAAUGUCGAUUUGCAGUGCGCCGGAAACCACGUCAGGUUUCUCGUCUGUUGUUACUGUUGUAUUGAGUUGAAGGAAUUAUAGUGCCUUUUACGCAAACAUGCCAUGAAUUCAUGCGGGAUAGAAGCAAAGUGGAGCUCUAAAUCAAAAUUUAGCUUUCAACCUACGUUAUGUCGUUCCAAAUGCCUUAUGUGAAAAGUUAGAAAAGAAUGCCACAUAUAGGCAUCGCCCUCAUAAAUGUAGCUACAAACAUUCAAACAGAAUUUUGAAAGCAAAAACGGUUUAGAAAAGUUGCAUCCCUUUUUUUCUUCUAAUGCGUCGUGUUUAAUCAAAGGUGGUGCUCUUUUACUGUUAAAGCUUUUUUUGAACGAUACUAAACAAUACUGCAACACGCCUCAAUAAAGAAUGACUAAGAAAAAUUCACCACACCCUGAUAUUUACAUAUUCAAGUAAGAUUAAAAAUCUCCGUCUUCGUUAUUGUUCUUUUUCUUUUUAAACAAAACGACUCAUAGUGACUCCCAUGCAAUAAUCUCCGCCCACGAGGCUCAGCUCUAAAAGCUUCAUGCUCUCCAUAAGGAGGGUGCAUAAAUUACUACCGAAGUUAGUGGAAACGCUUUAGUUUACAGAACGUGUAUUCAUACUUUCAGGUCGAGAUUGUUUAUCGCUGUUAAAAUCAGGCCAUACUCAGAGUGGAGUGUAUUCUGUGGACCCAGACGGUAAAGGAUCCUUCAAUGUGUACUGUGACAUGCGCACUGAUGGUGGAGGGUGGACCGUGUUCCAGAGAAGACAAGAUGGCUCGGUGGACUUCUAUUGGGGAUGGAACGAUUACAAAUCAGGCUUUGGUCGACUGACUGCUGAGUUCUGGUUAGGAAACGACAAGAUCCACAGGCUAUCGGCCGCUAGACCCAGUUCUUUACGAGUGGAGUUGGAGGCCUGGAAUGGAGCAAGAGCAUUUGCCAAACAUGUCAAGUUCAAGAUUGGUGAUGAGCAGACAAAGUAUCGACUUGAAGUGGGUUCAUAUUCAGGGACGGCGGGAGAUUCGUUAGUACGGCAUAACAACAUGGCGUUUAGCACAAUAGACAGAGAUAAUGACAUAUACAGUGGUAACUGUGCUGUGUUAUACACUGGUGCCUGGUGGCACAGUGAUUGCUACUACUCCAGUCUAAACGGAAAAUACCUGGGAAAAAAUAAGGGAAGUAAUGGGAAAGGAGUCCAUUGGUGGCACUUUAAAGGAAGCAAUUUAUCGCUAAAAUUCACUGAGAUGAAGAUGAGGCCAUCAUCAUAA